GGUGGGCAUCCAGCAGGCGCGCAGGGCCCAGCCGUGGCCGUGAUUAUGCGCCGGGGUGAGAGAAGAAGACACGGCACCUAAUACUUUCCUCACCUUUGCAGUGCCGUGGGCCCACCACUUCCCUUCUGGCCCACAUGUCAUGGAGACACGUCAGGCUGUGGUGGACAAGGGAAGACACCGCACCGCACGCACCUCCACCACUUGCCUUGCCUUUGCCUUCGCUUUUCCCACUUGUGCUGUGGGAAGACACCGCAUACACCUCCAGCUCGAGCUCGCCCGCCUAGCUAGGAGCUCCAGCAUCCGGUCCGCUCCGCCGCCGGUGCAGCAACCACGCCGCCGUCAGACCGCCUCGCGCGGCCACCGGUCGUCCCCGCGAUACACCGCCGCCGGUGCGCCGUGCGCGGCGGCGCUGUCCCGCCGCUCCUCCGCCUACCGUCCGCCUGCGCCACCACCAGCGCACCGGCAGCACCGCGAGCUGCUGCGCCGCCCCGACGUUGGUCCUUCCUGAGCCCGGUGUCGUCACCAGCGUCGCGGAGAAGCUAAUUACCUGGAGCAAUUUGUAGAAACAAAUAGUACUGGAGAUCGAGCUACGGGCGUACGGCCGGAUCGGAGGAGGACAUAUCAGCCGGGUUCCUGUUGGUUGUGUACUUGUGUUCCUGCCGGCAGAGAAGCAACCAUGGCCGAGUUACUGAUCGGGCCACUGAUCUCCAUGGUGAAGGAGAAGGCAUCCAGCUACCUGCUGGACCAAUACAAGGUGAUGGAAGGCAUGGAGGAGCAGCGCAAGACCCUGGAGCGCAUGCUGCCAGCAAUCCUGCAAAUCAUCCAGGAUGCGGAGGAGAAAGGAGCCUCCCGAUCUAAAGUUGCAGUUUGGCUUAAAGACCUCAAGACAGCGGCCUAUGAGGCCAACGACGUCUUUGAUGAGUUCAAGUACGAGGCGCUUCGGCGAGAAGCCAAGAAGAAGGGCCACCAAAGCAAGCUUGGAGCGGAGGUAGCAAGACUCCUAGUCCCCGCUCGUAAUUCCAUUGUAUUCCGUUACAGGAUGGGCAAGAAGCUAAGCAGGAUUGUGCAGACCAUCGAGGCCCUGGUCACCGAGAUGAAUAAAUUUGGUUUCAGACACUUGCAGCAAGCACAGCCAUCAAGGCAGUGGCGACAGACAGAUUCCAUAAUCAUUGACUCCGACACAGAUAUUCUUAGCAGAUCUAGAGAUCGGGAGAAGAAGAAAAUCGUGGGGAUGCUCCUUGAUCAAGCUAGCAACAUGGAUCUCAUGGUUCUUCCAAUUGUUGGGAUGGGUGGGAUGGGCAAGUCCACCUUUGUGCAACUCAUUUACAAUGACCCUGCAAUCGAGAAGCACUUUGAGCUUCGGAGGUGGUGCUGCGUGUCAGAUGAUUUCGAUGUCAGUACCAUUGCAAGCAACAUCUGCCAGACCAAUGAGAAAUAUCGUGAAAAAUCAUUGCAGGAGCUCCAGAGUACAAUAAGUGGAAAAAGAUACCUCAUUGUGUUAGAUGAUGUAUGGAAUCGGGAUGCUGAUAAGUGGGGAAAACUAAAGACCUGCCUUAAGCAGGGUGGCAAGGGCAGUGCGGUACUAACAACAACUCGUGAUGCAGAAGUGGCUCGCAUUAUGACCAUGGGUGUAGCUCAAGCCCAUAAUAUCGAGAAUCUGAGUGACGAGCAUUUAAAGGAAAUUGUCCAGAGCAGAGCAUUCAGCUUGCAAAAUCCAAAUAUGGAAGAGCAAGAUGGCAUUCUCAGUGGAUUUGUUCGUCGAUGCGUUGGAUCUCCCUUGGCUGCCAAAGCCUUUGGCUCUAUGUUGAGUAACAGGACUAGUGUAAAUGAAUGGAAGGAUGUAUUAGCUAAAAGUGACAUUUGUAGUGAGAAAACCGGAAUUUUACCGAUCCUCAAGCUCAGUUUUGAUGACCUAUCCUCAGAUAUGAAGCAGUGCUUUGCAUUUUGUGCUUUAUUUCCUAAAGAUUAUGAGAUUGAUGUGGACCUCUUGAUUCGACUGUGGAUGGCACAUGACUUCAUACCUGUGCAGGAGGAUGACAAUCUAGAAACCAUAGGAAAAUAUAUUUUUGAGGAGCUAACUCGGAGGUCAUUCUUUCAAGAUGUCAGGCAAACACUUCAAUUUGACUAUUUUGGAAGCAGGUUGUCGCUUCGUAAGUCAACCAUAUGCAAGAUACAUGAUCUCAUGCAUGACAUUGCUCUAUCUGUUCUGGGGAAAGAAUGUGUCACUAUAGUUGGUAAGCCGAGCGUCAACAAGCUGUUGCUAAAUCCGACCCGCCACGUCUUCUUAUCACUAUAUGGUUUCAAUCCUACUUUCUGGAAAGAACAGGUUACAAGUCUACUAGAUCAUCUAUUGAAGAAACAAACUGCAAUGCUCCAUACGUUGUUUAUCAAAGAUUAUGGUCAACCCCUUGAUAUAUCAAAGUACACUUCACUGCGAGCAUUACACCUUCCAGCAAAUGAAGAGCUAAGGUAUCCUAAUCUGUCGCCACAUGAACAGCUUACAAGACACAUACAACACCUAAGGUAUCUUAAUCUGUCAUCACAUUGGUUCGAGAAACUUCCUGAAGGUAUAAGCAUUAUGUAUCAUCUACAAACGUUGGACCUCUCUCAUUGCAAAUACCUUCGUCACCUUCCAAAGGAUAUGAAGUAUAUGGCAAACCUCCGACACCUCUAUACCCAUGGAUGCAUAUCAUUGACAUGCAUGCCUCCAGGACUUGGACAGAUCACUUCUCUGCAGACUCUAACAUAUUUUGUUAUUGGUGAUGGCUUGGGAUGUAGUACUAUUGGGGAACUUCAAAACUUAAACCUUGGUGGAGAGUUAGAGUUAAGUGGUCUGCAAAAUGUAACAGAAGUGCUUGCAAAAGCAGCCAGUCUUGAAAAUAAAGAGAGACUCACACACUUAUCUCUCGCGUGGAAUGAUGAUGCCCGUGAGAAACCAGAUUCUCAUAAUGAGGUGUUAGAUGCCCUUAAACCUCAUCACCGGCUAGAGAUGCUAAGAAUAAAGUCCUACAAAGGCACCAAAUUACCGUCAUGGAUAACAGAUCUUAGUCUGUUGCAGCACUUGACUGAGCUCCAACUGGUUGGUUGUAGGCUGUGCGAGGAAUUUCCUCAAUUCUGCCAUUUCAAAGCCCUUGAAGUUCUGUAUUUGAAAAAGUUGGACAAAUUGCAAAGCCUAUGCAGUCAUAUGGUGUCUACGCCAUUUCCAGCACUGAAGCAACUCCAGUUACAUGAUUUGGAGAGCUUGGAGAGAUGGGUCGCAACAGAAGGAAAAGAAGAUGAAUUAUCCUUUCCUGUACUUGAGGAGGUUGAAAUAGAGAACUGUCCAAAGUUGACUAGCCUACCUGAAGCACCAAAGCUCAAGGUUGUAAAGCUGGAUGAAGGCAAGCCGCUGCUCUCCUUAGGAAUAGUUAAAUCAAGGCACAUGUCUUCAAUUUCUAAGCUACUACUGCGUGUCCGUGACACAGAAGCACUGCCUCAGAUAGAUUAUAAUUGGGAUUCAUCACAGAAACUGGAACUAUCUUUGGGUGGCACAGAAGCCGCACCUCUGUCACAACUGAGCAUAUUUGGCUGCAACUUUUUAUUCGUAUCAAGCCACUCACAGCUAACACCUGGGGUCUGGAAAUGGUUUGAACAUCUUGCAGUUUUAACAAUUGCAAAAUGUGAUGUGCUCAUCUACUGGCCAGAAGAAGUGUUCCAAAGCUUGGUAUCUUUGAAGUACUUGUUCAUUUUCUCCUGCAACAAGCUAAUAGGGCCCACACAAGCGAAAGGUGACAAACCUACACAAACAACAGAUCAAGUCCUGCCACAUCUAAACAUGAUACGUAUACACAAUUGUGAAAGCAUGGCACAGCUCUUCAUUCUUCCCCCAUCUAUCAGAAUUAUUCAUAUUUUUGAGUGCCCUAAGCUUGAGUUCAUAUGGGGAAAAGAGGAGCAUCUUGACACAUAUGCAUCGCUGGAACAUUGCCGCGACCCUGCAUCCACCACUGGUAACCUAGAGCAAUCGCCGUCUCCAAUUAUUCGCCGUCCAUGCCUUGUAGAUCUAACUAUAAGAGGAUGUGAUAGCCUGGUAACACUUCCAAAUCUACCACCGUCCCUCAAGGAAUUAUUCAUCCGGAAGUGUGAGAAGCUCUGCUCUGUGUCAGGAGACCUGUGUGCACUCGAGACCCUACAGAUUGUUAACUGCAAUAAGUUACAGUCAGUCAAUUCCUUGGGAGACCACCCAUCAUUAGAAACACUGUUUCUUUCUGGCUGCCGAUGCCUUGCAUCUUUAGGAUGUGAUGGUGGUCGUGGGAGUUACUCUGCUCUUCAGUGCCGUGAGAUCGAAGACUGCCCAGCCAUAGAUAUGAAGCAGUUUUACAACGCCAUCAAACAGCUGCUUGACAGCUUUGAAUAUGAAGACGUAUCACACGUUCAUUCAAGCAGCUCUGAUGAAGACAUGACCCAUUUAUCCUUAAAAGGCAUAAAGGAGGGCACUCACAUGUACGCACGACUGGCAACUGGAAGCUUCGUUGCAAGCCUCUGCUAACGACCAAGUUUGUUUUCACGCCACUAUACCAGCUGCUGGUAAUUCUCUUGUCACUAAUGUCAUCCUGUCAUCCAUCAAAGCCGUGGAGAAUAUGAUGCCACUCUGAGUCCUUCAGUUUGCCACGUGAGCCGAUGAAGCAGAAACAGAUGAUGAUGAUGGAUGAUAUAACUGCGGGGAUGCAGACUUGCUUUCAACGGUCGAAAUGGAGCUACAAAUGAUUAGUCGUAGUCGUGUGUGGUCCUUCCAUCACCUUGUGUUAUUGAUCCCGUUUGUAUGUGUUGCGUUCUCUAUAUCCCUCCAUAGCUUUUCAGUUGUUGUCUCUUUUACGACUAUUUUGAUUCCUCUUUUCCUUUUUAUUAAUAUAACACAAAAAUCCUCUUGCCAUGUUUUUGAAAAAACAAAAUCGUGAGGAUGCUGCUUCAUGAAGCUAGCAACA